GGGGCCCAAACUUUAAAAAAAAGACAUUUUUUAUUUUACAAUUUGCUAUUGUGAUUUGCACCUCAGAGCCUCCAUAUUCUUCUGCUACAGUGUCAUGAUUUGCAGUUUUGACUCACCAUAUGGAUUUUUCCUUUACAUUUUAUCUGUUUAUUUUCUUUUCCUGGACCAUUGUCAACAUCGCAGGUAAUAACUAUACUCCCAGUAGGUGGCAGUAAAGCAACACUUAGUGCACCAGCUGCAGGUGAAUCCCACCGAAGAAGACCUCCGCUCCCAGGAAGCAUGGCGGCUGUUGUGUAUCCGUUGGUGUCCCUGCCCUGUGGGAUCUGGAGGUAGCGGCGGUGUCAUCGCGGCGCUGUAUCCGAUAGGCAGUAGCAGAGUAACGGCUUGGAGGAGAGAGGCGUCGGUUUGCUCGAGAAUCCGACUAUGGACGACAACCUGGCUCGGAGGCGGAGGGUGUCUGCUGCCGCCGAGCUUGGAGCUAACGCUAGCCUGAAAGAUGGCGAGGCAAUCGAUGUGUACCCAGCCAGAGAAAGUCAUCCCGGUCCGGGCAGAGUGGGUGCUGCUGCCGCGGCGGCUGCUUGGGGGAUGGAGAGGAGGAACUCGGUACCGCCAGGGAGUCACCAGAGACAUAUGCCCAUGGAGCCCCUCAAGAUGACUAUACCGAGGAAAAAUAAGGAAAAGAAAGCUCUGUUCCAUUAUGUCUCCACUGAGUCCAGGGAGUAUGAAGACAUGAUGACCAUCCUGAAUGCCAGCUACCUCGACACCAGCUCUGCUGGCUGCUUCACCUACUGUAAACCUCGGCUUGUCCAAAGUGAGCUGCUGGAGAAAGAGUUUGUAGAGAAGAGGAGGGAGAUGAAGUCAGAGGGGAGGACAGAAAAGGAGCUGGAGGAGAGCUACUGUUUCCUGCUGGCUGAUAAUUUUAAGCUGCCCUGGCUCUGUGAGAAGGGGCUGCUCGUGGGUCAGAGCAGGAUUACAGUGCUGGGAAACCCCAAUAAAGGCGUGUAUCUGUCCAGGUACUCCGACCUGCUCCAGGUGAACUCCUUCACACCUGGUGCCACUGGGGAGAUCCUCAUCUUCAAAGUGAUGAAGGGGAAAGUAAAGAGUAUGUACGAAAACAUGAAGAACCUUCAAGAUCCAACACCUCGCUUUGACAGCCACAUCUCCAAAAACGCCAGCAAGGUCACCUCGCUCACCUCCUACCGCGCCUUCGAUCUCACACAGCAUUAUUUCUACGAGUACACAUUUGAUGAGCUGCGUCAGCGGCCUCGCCAGGUCUGUCCAUACGCUGUUCUCUCCUUCCAGUUUAAAGGAAAAGACUCUGCACUUACCAGCAAACCUCUGGCCCCAAUCAGGUUGAACAGCCAAUCAGCAGAGGGGAGGAAAGAGCCUGCUCAGUUCACAGUUUGGACUGGAGAUUUGGUGAAAGGUGACACCGUUCUCUACCAGAUCUCCCUUCGCUCCUUCUCUCCUCCCUUCCUGCCCCACAAAUUACCAGAGAAGCUGGAAAUUGGUUGGUUGAUGAGGCUUAACCAGGUGACCAAGAUGCUCCCUGCAGAACUGUUCUCCUACAACCUCUACAACAGCAGCCAAGAAGUUAUGAAUGACAACCACUUCUGCAGUCUCCUGGAGGUGACAGAUAGAAAUCGGGCCACGACCAGCGUAACAGGUCUGCUGCAGGACCUGGAGAUAAACAGAGUGGUUCUGGUGACUCCACUCACAGAGAGAGGCUUUCUCAUCCUGCUAUCCAGCGUUCAGAUGGCCACACCCACAGAGAGAGGAGAGAGCUGGAAGAGGUGUCUUCAGGCUUUGUUUGUCUUCCCACAAUCCAGAGAUGUGACCAAGUCCACAACGCAUGCUCCUUCUUCCCAUGAUGCCUCUGAGUCAUUGAUGUCUGCUGGGAAGGUGAUGCCACGGCUGACCCAGUUCAUCCCCGCCUUGCAUCAUGCUCUAGUCAAGGCCCGCGCCAACCCCCCACCUCAGCUGUCUACUGGCGUCGAGCACCAGGCACGGGAAUACCUCAUCGGCCUGACCGAGGGCAAGGUUCGACAGUACCCCAUGGGCAACUAUGAAUCCAACUUGGAUGAGGAAGGAAAGCUGUUUCCUCCUCCCAAACACCACAGAGUGAACAUGGAUAGCUAUCUGAACUCCUACCUGUACAACCCUGCCCUCUACCUGCUGUCAGUGGCCCGGGUCAGUGCGAUGGUGGAGGCGUACUGUGGCCCUGAGGAGCCGCUGGAAGUGAAGAUCGGGAGGAGCUGUGGAGGUUGGAGAGAGGUGACGGAGAAGGAGGCGACCAGCAACAGAAGGGACGGACAGACCAACACUCAAAAGAUCCAGCAGCUGAUCGACCUGGUCCAGACCUGUAAGAGAAAUGCAGAAAACGAGAUAAACAUGGAGGAAGGAGGAGGAGGAGGAGUGGGGAUAUCAUCCGGGAGGAAGAGGCGACUGGAGCAGGAGACGGCAGUGAGGGCGAUUAAGUUCCUAAAGGCAUCACAGGAACCGGGGAGACACAGCAAGAUUCCAGUUGAUGGGAACCAAGUCCCUGCCUCUCCUGGCUCUCUUGCGUCUGUGAUUAGCUUAAUUGGUCUGAGGGAUGUUGAUCUAAGGGAAGAUGGAUCUGAACUAGCUGCCAAACUUCUCAGCCUGCUGACAGCUCUCAUACAGACUGCAAGGGAGACAGCAACUCAAGAGGAGGUUCAGAAGGAAUCCUUUCCAUUUGAUAAGAUAGCCACCAAGCUGGGUCUGCCCACCAACUGUGACAUCGACCUGAGGAAGCAUGAUGACUUAGAGGAGCAGAUGGCGGGAAGCGUCAGUAGUUUGGAGGGAUUCAGUCCCGGCUCCCACAGCGGAGAGAUGAAUCACCACGGAGCAGCAGGUAGAGGAGGAGGAGGCGGAGGCCUGGGGAGGAGAGCUCCAGGAUACGAAGAGGAGGAGGAACAAUGGGCGAUCCCGUGGGUCCUCAUACCCAUCACAGGUCUGUGUUCAGAGCGCUACACCCAGAGAGACAGAAACAUCCCUCAGGACCCUCGCUUCCAGCACCUCACGGCACCGAGCAUCACCACAACAACCAAACCCUCCGGGAUGAACCCCACCCCGUCUCCUGAGCCCAGCCUUCCUCUCUUCCCCUUCCUGUCCUCAUCCCCGGAGCCCAGCCCCCCUGCUUUCCCCUCCCAGUGCCCAUCGCCAGACCCCAGCCCUCCCCCUUCACCUUCACAGUGCCCGUCUCCAGAGCCCAGUCCCCCCGCUUCUCCAUCACAGUGCCCGUCUCCAGAGCCCAGCCCUCUGCCCUCUCCCUCCCAGUGCCCGUCUCCACAGCCCAGCCCUUCCACAUCUCCUUCCCAAUACUUGUCCCCUAAGCUCAGCCAUCCCCCAUCCCCCUCCCGGUGCCAGCCCCCAGAGCCUGAUGAGCUCAGCUCAUUUAAGAAGGACCACAGUGGUGCUAAUGAGGAGCUGUUAGCCACUGCAGCCUCCAGGGAGUUCACAGGAGUAUCCCAGGAUAGAGAAGAGAAACCUCAGGGGAAAGAAAAGAAGAAUGAAGAGCCGCCCAUCUCUGCAUCCACCCAGCCAUCUAUCCCUCCAGCUCCAGAGAGGAGGACACAACACUCUUUACCACCCACUGAACAGGAGAAGGAAGAUGAUGAGGUGGAGUUAAUGGAGGUAGAGGUAUCACCUUUAGAAAAGGAAGAAGAGACUCGGCCAGUUGAGAAACUGCAAAUAGAAGAGGAAGCAGAGGUGGUUGAAAUGAUUCAUGUGGUAGGUAGUGAUGAGGAGCAAAAGGGAGAAGCAGAGGAACUGUUGGGUAGCUCUUUGUUUUCCGUCACCUCGCCUCGUCCGUGUCCUCUCAGACACAUCGACAGCAUCGUGGACAAACAUCUGGGCGACUUCUCCUCAGAGAUGCAGGACGUUCUGCAGGAGGAGAGUGUUCAUUACAGCUUCCCACAGUCCCCACACUCCACUUCAAACAUAGACACAGCAGCAGUCCAACACACACUCCCACGCACACCCCUAUCUCAGUUCUCACAGUAUGUUUCUUUCUACAACCCCUGCCCCCCUGUCCAGGACUACGUUGACUCACUACAGGACAGCAUUAACAGCAUGCUAACAGAGCUUGGGGACAGCUGGCCGAGCCACAAGCCUGCCCCAAGCAGGACUAAUGUUGAUGCCGCUUUGGCAAACACAGUCAGUGCUUUUGUGUCCAGCAUCCGGGCAGCUAAUUUAAAAACAGGCAUAGAUGAUAGUGACGGUGAAGUGACAGCUGCUGAUGUCAGUCAAACUCCUGCACUCUCAAGAGAAGAACAAGUAUGGCAGCCACAUUCAAUCAACAAACCAAAUCCUACAGACAGCAGGAAUCCCCCAAAUUCACACGUCACUUUAUCUGUUACUACCUCUGCGCCUGGUUCGCUCUACAAGCCUACCAACGCUGCUGUCCUCCAUUCUCCUCUCGACAUGUCCCCACAGUCCAACUGGAAUCCACAGCAAAGUUGCACUUUAGAACUUGGCAGAACAGUCACUCCUAACACUAGAAAAACACAAGACGAUUGCCUAAUCAGGACUGUACAUUUUACCCCUGGAGCAGACGGUGGCAGUAGUGUUUCAGGUACUGUUGAGGUGACUUUGCCAGGAUUCAGUGAUCUAUCGAAACCCUCAUCGGAAGCAUCACUCACGACUGAGCCAGUCUCCAGUUCGGCCUCUGUGUCGGUCAACACUCCCGUCUCGGCUCCGGCUGCAGACCUGAGCUCCCUGAUCAGCCAGCUGCAGCCAGAGGUGUUCAACAACCUGGUGGAGAUAAUAAAAGACGUGAAGAGAAACUCCCUGCAGUUCUACCUCCACAGCGCUGAGCGAGAGGACCGGGUCCAUGAAGACAUCAAGGAACACUUGUUGAAGCAGGGUAACGUGGAGCAGAGUCCUGUCACCUUCCUGAACCAAGAAAACUCUGACAGCAGACUGCUGGUCAUCAUUAAGAACAAAGACAUCGCUGGACACUUACACAAGAUUCCAGGUCUGGUGUCUCUGAAGCGACACCCGUCCGUGGUGUUUGUGGGAAUCGACACACUAGACGACAUCAGGAACAACAGCUACAACGAGCUCUUUGUUUCUGGAGGCUGCAUCGUUUCAGACGAGUUAGUCCUCAAUCCAGACUUCAUGAGUCAUGACCGACUGACUUCCCUGCUGAGGAUCCUGGAGCAGCACAGUUCUCCUGAGAGUUUGUGGAGGUGGAAGAUUCACCACAAAACCCACAAGAAGUUAAAAGAACAAUCCAGGUUCAGAAGAGAUGCAGCCAACCUGCUGGACAUCCUCUCGGCCUAUCAGAAACGGCAGAUCGUUGAGUUUCUCCCGUAUCAUCACUGCGACACCACCCAUCAGUCGCCAGACCUCAACUGUCUCAUGGAGCUCCAGGCCCGAUACACACAGUACCGACACACAGUCCUCCUGACUGAGCAAUUUGAGAAGUUCCCAGCCUACUCCAGUAGCGGAAUCAUCGUGGCCACUAUCGAAGAAAUCCUGCACGACUUCACCAGACUGGUCGGUUACCAUCAAGGCAACAAGAGCAGCCAGCCAAUCAUGGAUGACAUUCUGGCUUCCAAAGGUCUCGGCAGACAACUGAGUCACAGUGACUCUGUGUCUGAACACUCUCCCUCCAUCUUCCCAGAACACAUCCAUCCCCUCUCAUCCCGUGACCAGCCCCAACAUCUCCUCCAUCAGUCCGGCUCUGGCCUCCCCCCCCUCUCCCAUCUCUCUGACCAGCUCGUACCUGACACCUCCUGUAAGGACGGUGGUCCGCAGCCUUCAGGCAAAGACUUAGAGGACCUUCGAUUGGCCAUCUCACAGUUACGGGCUGAACGUCAGGCGCAGAUGCAGCAGCAGCAGCAGUUUGACUCCCAGGCGGAGUUGAGCAUCAACCCCCUCAAAAGCUUCCUUCCGAAUCCCGUUAGUACAAGUAGCCGUCACACCACUCCUCCUCUACGUCCCACAGAGUCGGCCCCGCUUAAUCCUGGCAAGAAAGCAGUGGCAGCCACUCUGGAGUUUAUUCACUCGGCACUGCAGACGGAGCUGGAGGAUGAGCUGAGGGAGACAGAAGCAGAGGGAUGGAGGUCUAGAGAAAGACGAGAGCAGAGAGAUGGUACUCCAGUAAGAAAAGUGGGGUCAGUCGGAGGAAACCUGGGUCCCAGUAACAGCGACACAUCUAUCACUUCUUCCCAUCCAAACACAGCUGCAGUGACAGAGCCAAGUAACCAGACAGAUGCAACCAGUGACAGGAGAGAGAAAGCAGAUCAACACGGGGCAGCCUACAGCUCCAACUCUUGCCCUGCAGAGGGCGAUACAUCGAGAGACACACAGCUGGGCCCGGACCAGCCAGUAAGAGAAGAAGCAGCACCAUGUGGCAACAGCACUUUGGGAACUGCCAUUGGCACCAAGGUAACAGGAAGUAUCACCACUGUAACAGACCAGAAAGACAAUCCAAAUCCUGCUGUGCCCCGUGUACUGCAGAUCCAACUGCCCCAACAGCAUCGGCAGAACCUGAACCACCACCAGCAACAUCUCCAGCAGAGUCAUUUGCACCUACAACAACCACCUCACAGCCAGCAGAGGGGUGCUAACCUCCUGCAGCCUCCCCACCUGCCUCAUCUCCACAACCAGCAUUUCUCCCACAGCCCUUUGCUGGGACCCCUGACCACCCUGGGAGGUGGCCUCUUGGGGCCCACGCCUGUCUGGCCAGGGGCCAUGGGCCCCACCCGUGCUGCUGCCCUGGUCUGGGGCUUCCCAGGGGGCAGGGACUUCACUGGUUCCAGACUGAUGGGGGGGUACCACAACCCUGCAGGCCAGGGCAGCAACAUGUACAGAGGGGGGCAAAGAGGAGGAGGCUUUAAUGGGAUGUAGCGAGCCAGUUUAACUCCACCAGCUGACCAAACAGUGGUUCACUCAGCAGGUUAAAGAGGGGGAAGAAAACCCAAAACUAGCACUCUGUUAUCAUGGAAGAGGCUGAAACAUGCAUCUCACAAAACAGAAAGAGGGAAGGAGUGACGAUGCUCUGUGUGCAGCUCCCAUCGUUCAUUAUUUAUCAGCACAGCCCUGAUCAGCACUGACACAUAUCAUAGUCACAGAUGGUUGUCUCAAAGAAUCUGGGUGCUUCAGUCCAUCAGGUUCAUGAAAUUGGUUACAGAAAGAACAUUGAAAAUACAGACUCUAUCCUAUCGUAACGGUAGAGAUUAAAGAAAUGUCAGCAGAGAUGGCUGCUGGGAUCAAAGCAGGGACGAAGUGAAAUAGUGAGAUCCUAUCAGGCAGUUAUUGAGGAUCAGAACAUUUUUUUACUGACAGCCGCUGUGACGGCUGGAAGUUACGUAACUGCAGGAGUCUUAAACCAGCCUGACGAGUAUGUCUUUGCACGUUAAAAGUAUUUUUCUUGUAGUUUGUUUUACGGCUGUCGCUUUUUGUUCGAAACUGCUGUCCACUCGUGGGGAAAGGCUGAAUAUUUUUCUUUAAUGUAUUGUUCUGUGACACAAAAUAAUCCUGUUAUGAUUUCACAAAUCCUAAGGAAAUCUAUUUGUCAUCUUUGAUACAAAUAUUGGUCCAAAUGAUUUUUUUUUUUUUUUUUUUCUUCACAGAAAUGGAAAGAUUUUUUUUGCCCAGGCUGGAAAUUUGUAUUGACUUUACUCGAAGGAACCUUUCUCAUUUCUGUCAAAUGCUGUCUUUGUUUCUCUACACUCUCCUGACUCAAUUUAUGUUUUCAAUAUUCUUUCUGUAACCAGUUAAAGUAAUCUCUUUGCAACUGAAAUGUUGGAAGUCCAGGAGAAGGAGAUCCAGGUCUUUGAGAUGUGGUGUGACAAAUCCUGGAUCGGAUUUAGUGAUGUUCCCGUUCACAAGGUCAUCAUUCAUACAUCAGACACAUAAACUCUGUCUCUCUUUUAUUGAAACUAUGUAGAUAAAAGUACCAUCUUGAUUUAAUUAAAUGCUCGUAAAAAAAAAAAAAAACAGUCCCUCUGUAGUAGCUGUGAUGCACCUUCUCACGCAGCAGAAAUCAGGUGCUGUAGCAUUUGCUUACAAUAAAAACCUGCAGCUUGUUGGAUCUCAGAGAAGAAACCAACCUUUUGUUUUCUGUAACCACUAACUGAACCACUGUCAGAGAAACACUGAUGGAAAAAAGCAAUAUAUCCUCAUUUUGCCUUGCGCAUAGGAGAUUCAAAGAAAAAAAGAGCAAAUAUUGACUCUGUCAUGUUUCAGAUGUUUUAUUUAAUCUUAUUGAAAAGUAUCUGACCUGAUGUGUAUGUCUCUGGAGGUGUUUUUCAGCUCUGCCUCAGAGAUCUUCUACCUGAAUGAAUGCCAUCAGGUUUAAUCGGUUGAAAGGCCUUGAGUAUGAUUGAUCUGUUCUGUUUCUGUACGCUGCUCUGAGUCAGAGCAUGGACACAAAUGUUUAAAUGCUUCUGGGUGGCUCCCAGUUCCCAGCUUUCCUGAAUGCACCACCACCACGACUGUUUUGACACUUUACAACUGUGUUUUUCUCUGGAAACUAAAAGAUGUUUUCAGGGCACAGGAGGGAACUCUGAUUUCUCUGAUUUGUUUUUCCAGCAACCUGACAUAUUUAAAGGAACCUCCUGACAAUGUUUUCUACUGUGAGAAAACAUGAACAGCCUAUCUGUUGUCUCUGUGACACCAGGAUUCACCCUGUUUCUUAAACUGAGGCUUUUGAAGAACUGUAAAAAGAAAACGAAAGAGGUGGACGGACUGCCUUAUACAUCUUCCAGUGGACUCUUUGUCUUGUAAAAAUGAUUUUUUUUGUACCGAUUGUUUGCUUUGUUACCCUGGGAGUUGUUUGUGUUUAGUUAAUGUUGUAAAUACAGUAGAACAUGACAUACUGUAACAGACUGGUUUUAACUUAAAAGUCAUUUUGUAUAUUUGUUUGUUUUUUUUGUUUUUUUUACAUCAGAGUUUUUUGUAUUAAAACUUGCCUGCAUAAACCAUAAA